AUGGGACAAGUUCAGAGUGUCCUUGGAGAGUGGGCCGAUACUCACGAAAAGAUCUGCAAAAUCCUCUCUUGCUGCCUCGUAUUUUUAAGCCUAUGUUUCAUCAUCACAGGAGCUGUGUUAAUUUCUAAAAAUUCCGGUACUUGGGAUGUUGACAACGAGAGUUUUGAGGAGGCAAGCAUCAGACAAAGCCGUUACUCGGGUGGAAUUGCUCUAGUCAUGUUGGGCCUGUUGUUCCUCUUCGGUGGAGUAGCAUCCUUCUGUUUUGCAUUCCAACUCAAAUUUCUCCAAAAGGCUGUGGCGCCCACCGACAACAAUCGCCUUACCAAUGAGCAGCAACCCUAUCCCACCUACUCUGGUCCGCCACAGCCGUAUCAACCGAUGCCUCAGGUUCCACCUCAACCACCUCCUUACUCAGAGUGA